AUGGCAUCCAUCUACGAUCUAGCAAAAUCUGGCCAGCUCACCAAGGAGCACAUGACCAACAGGGAAAUGAUUCGUGACCUGAAUACAAUUCAUCCCCGAACGAAGCUCACUCCCCUCGGCAUUGCAGUUUGGUUCAGCCAUGUCAAAGUAGUCAAACUGCUACUCAAGAAUGGCGCCAAUCCCGACGGCAAAGACCCUACCAAAGUCCAGAACAAAGACCCUAGCAAAGACCCUAGCAAAGACUAUGAUCCAGUACGCCCGCCGCUCUGGGUUGCAGCUGCAAGGUCCAAGGAGAGAGUGGGAGCCAUGAUGCAACUCCUCCUUAACGCGGGCGCGGAUCCGAACAUCGUCUCUACCGUGGACGACAACUCGAGCCCUCUCCUCGCAGCUGUGAAGACGUACAAACCCCCUUACUUGCUCAACGCAUUGGUAGACAGGGGCGCAGACCCGGACCAGAAAAAUAAGCAUAAAGAGACACCCAGGGAAAUUGCGGAGGCCCGCGGUGAUCCUGAUACGAUAAAGGCGCUGCGGAAGCGAAAGGAACGCUCGCUGGGAUGGCUCCACUGGAUUGGUGUGAUUGUCAGCAUCAUAGUGGGCGUCGUUGCGUGGGUGAAUGCCUUCAUUAUGGUCGCUGCGGUUGGAGCUGCGGGUGCUGUGACUGCAGCAAGCCCGUAUGUAACACAUGUCAUUAAAAGGAGGUUCCAGAUGAGUGGGAUUUUUGACGAGAAGGUCUGGCCAGAGAAGCUGAAACAAUCCGAGCCCAAGGAGGAGUUCCAGAAAGAUGCGAAGGAUUUCAUCGAGGGGAACGACUUGAACAAGUUCUUCCCGUCCGAUGACCCUUUCCUGCAGACGGUGGUUGAUAAGGCCACCAAGCUGGAGGCCAACCCUGACAAUACCCUCGACACAAAGGCCUUGACCCGGUUGGCCCUCUUCCAACCUAUCAUGUAUUGCGAUGACAGUGGCUCUAUGAACGAGGGUAAUCGAGUUGAGCACCAAAUCGAUAUCGUCGAGCGCAUUGCAAGCAUCGCCACACGCAUCAUCCCAGACGAUGAAGGCAUCAAGGCGCGGUUCAUCAACCGCAACACAGAAAUCAUGAUCUACCAGCGGACCCUCGGUGAGCUCAGACAACUCAUGGGACAGCAGGCUCCCUAUGGGCCAACAGAACUCGGCACGAAUCUGAGAAGCAGGAUUCUUGAACCACUGGUAUAUCAGCCGCUAAGAACAAACAGCCUGCGACGACCAGUUCUUGUCUCUAUCAUCACGGACGGCUGUCCAGAGGGUGAAAAAACUGGAACGCUAAAGGAAGCGAUUCUUGAAUGCGGAAGUCGCUUGAAGGCUGCUGGAUACGAUCGAAGAGGUAAGCAGAAAUAA